AUGGGUAGAGAUUUUCUGGUUCUGGGUAUUCUCAUUCUGCUCUUUUCCGGGUUUGUAACUUCAGCUCCUUCAGCUAAUUCUCCUGCGAAGAUUGUUUCUGGGUUUAUCUCGAAUCACGGCUCUUCCCUCAUGAAAUGGCUAUGGUCACUCAAAACCACCACCAAAACAACAAUUGCAACGAGAUCGAUGGUGAAAUUCGAGAAUGGGUAUAAUGUAGAGACGGUGUUCGACGGAAGCAAACUCGGAAUCGAACCUUACUCGAUUGAGGUUUUGCCUAACGGCGAGUUGCUGAUUCUGGAUUCUGAGAAUAGUAACAUCUACAAGAUUUCAUCUUCUCUUUCACUUUAUAGCAGGCCGAGGCUGGUUACUGGCUCACCUGAAGGAUAUCCAGGCCACGUGGACGGGAGAUUACGCGACGCGAAGCUGAACCAUCCCAAGGGUCUUGCGGUUGAUGACAGAGGAAACAUAUAUGUAGCUGACACAGUGAAUAAUGCUAUCCGGAAGAUAAGUGAAGGAGGAGUUACAACAAUCGCUGGUGGCAAAACGGUUCGCAAUGGAGGACAUGUGGAUGGACCGAGCGAGGAUGCAAAGUUUUCGAAUGAUUUCGAUGUUGUUUACCUUGGAAGCAGUUGUUCCCUGCUUGUGAUUGACAGAGGAAACAAAGCCAUUAGAGAGAUUCAGCUCCAUUUUGACGACUGUGCUUAUCAGUAUGGAAGCAGCUUUCCUCUUGGUAUUGCAGUUCUCGUAGCUGCAGGCUUCUUUGGUUACAUGCUUGCUCUGUUGCAACGAAGGGUCGGUUCUAUUGUCUCUUCUCAUAACGAUCAAGAAAUGUUUGAAGUGGAUCCUGAUCAAAAGCCUAUGAAACCGUUGAGACCGUCUCUGAUUCCAAACGGAGACGAGCAUCAAGAGAAGCAAGACGAGAGCUUCUUGGUAUCUCUAGGGAAUCUUGCUUCGAAUGCUUGGGUCUCUGUGAUGGAGAUGGUUCGGAGAAGGCAGUCAAACACCAGCUAUGAGCAGUACAAUGGAGCAAUGAAGCAGUCUGCUGCUGCGUUUAGCACAGCAGCUUCAUGGCCGAUUCAAGAGAGCUUUGUGAUCAGAGACGAAGACGGACCUCCUCCUGUUGAGCCUAGGAACCAAACUCCAAGAAAGACUUAUGCUUUCAUGUCCAAAGACGCAGAGAAAAUGCAGCAGCUGCGUCAGAGCCGUGCUUUCUACAGUAGCUGGGACGCUGAGUUCCCAAAUCAGCAGCAACAGCAAAAGCAGAAGCAGCAGCAGCAGCAGCAACAUCAUCGAAGGCAUUACUCUUCGAUCCCACAUACUUACUAUGAGCAAGACAGUGAAAAGACUAAUGAGAUAGUCUUUGGGGCGGUUCAAGAACAGAGCAGCAAGCGUGUAGCUAAGCCUAAGGAGUCUGGAGAUCAGAUGAGUAAUAAUAUUAAUAAUCAUCAGAGUCUUCACUACAGAGCUCAUUCUGUUAAUUACCCAUAUGGUUACUAUCCAUAUACAUGA